AUGGUUGUCCUCGCGAAGCCGCCAGCCCUAGACCAAAUCUCGCUGCUGAGGUCCCCCGAGCCCGGGGCUGCCAACUUCGCCGGCGUCCCGGCCGUCGAUCUCUCCAGCCCGGACGCAGCUCUGGCCGUCAUGGACGCGUGCGAGCGGUUCGGGUUCUUCAAGAUCGUCAACCAUGGCGUGCCCUUGGACGUCGUGGAUAGGCUGGAGGCGGAGUCCGUCAGAUUCUUCGCCUCGCCGCAGGCGGAGAAGGACGCGUCUGGCCCCGCCAACCCGUUCGGCUAUGGGAACAAGCGCAUCGGACGCAAUGGCGACAUGGGGUGGCUCGAGUACAUCCUCCUCGCCGUCGACCACGCCUCGGUCUCCAAGGCCUCCCCUGUCCCGUCGUCCUCGCUGCUGGACGCGAUCAACGAGUGCGUCGGCGCGAUGCGGGGGCUGGCGAAGUCGGUGCUGGAGGCGGUGGCCGAGGGGCUCGGCGUCGCGCCGAGGGACGCGCUGAGCAGGAUGGUCACGGACGCGGCGAGUGACCAGGUAUUCCGGGUGAACCACUACCCGCCGUGCCCGCUGCUGCAGCUCCUACCAGACUCGUGUAGCGUGACCGGCUUCGGCGAGCACACCGACCCGCAGCUGGUGUCCGUCCUCCGCUCCAAUGGCACGGCCGGCCUGCAGGUCGCGCUCCACGACGGGCGGUGGGUGCCCGUGCCGCCCGACCGCGACGCCUUCAUCGUCAUCGUCGGCGACUCGCUGCAGGUUCUGACUAAUGGGAGGCUGAAGAGUGUGCGGCACCGGGUGGUGGCCAACAGCUUCAAGCCGCGGGUGUCCAUGAUCUACUUCGCUGGUCCGGCGCCGGCGCAGUGGAUCGCGCCCCUGCCGCAGCUGCUGGGGCACGGCGAGCAGAGCCUGUACAGGGACUUCACAUGGGGAGACUACAAGAAGGCUGCCUACCGCUCACGCCUCGGCGACAACCGCCUGGCCCCCUUCCACAUCUAAAAUGCACACCUGUCGCGAGACGGCAGGUUCGUGCAUGCAGACGCUUCUGCCAUCAGCGACAGCUCGUCUCGGCGCUCCUGGGGAGUGGAGGCCACAGAGCUACUGAUUGCUCCAUCGAUCUGGUUCGGUAGGGUCGUAGGGUUGGGUACGCAGACAGGUCUGCUGGAUUAUUCGUCUUGCUUUAGGUGUCCAAUCUCCAAUGUACAGUAGCUGUGAGGAGAGCUUGCGUUGGCUUUGGGCUUGAUGGUGUGUGCGUGUUUUCUAUAAA